AAGAAAAAAUCACGAUUGUCAAAUUAAGAAGUAUCCUACAAUAAAGUUUUUAGAAAUUUUUGUUUCGUACAAAUUACAUUCAGAGUGAAGACCAUGGCUAAUAGCGGGGACCCGCCAAGCGGUUUGCCGAAGUAUAUGACGUAUUCUCAGUCUAAGGUGCCGUUGUUAGGAGCUUUGAUCGACUAUGUGGAUACUAGUAUUCAGUACUUGAGGAGAAAGACUUUUGCUCAAGCGGAGACGUUGCAUGCGAAGGCGUCGAGGGCGACGCUCUCGUCAACAUUCUUAGCGGCCGUGUGUUUGAUGCUGGGGUUCACGUGCAAUGUGAAGUUUGAAGUCGUCACAGUGGAUGAGGAGCCUCUGCCCAAUGACUUGCACUUCAUGCUCAUGAGCAAAGAUGAUAAGCUCUAUAUAGAUGAUAUCGACGUGUCUAGAGUGAUGUGGUGUGUCGAGGCGUCAGACUGUCUUGUUGUACUUAUUAGCUGCCUGCUGAUAUGGAACUCUACAAAUGUGCGUUCUCCCCUGAGCGAGUAUCUAUUCCUGCCGUGGCUGGGUGCCACGCUGCGAGGCCUGUUCCUUCGUCAGGCGCCCACAGCGGGCGCCCUGCUCUAUACGAUGGCUGUCAUCAACGGCAAUGUCAACCCACUGUUCCUUACUGCGUUCUCGUUUUUAUUUUUGUUGGAGGCGCGACUGUGGCUGGAAAUCGCUCGUCUGGUGAGGUCGCGGUGGGAACGCCGCGAGCACGCCAUCGCCUCCCAAGACGCAGAGUACGAAGUCGAGACCUUAUGGAGUAAUGACGAUGUUCAGAGCGUUGAAGUACGGAACUAUGUAUAUUAGUAAAACUUCUAUUUUUGUAACACUUAAUUCGUACAUAUUUGAGCUGAAUAUUGUCUCAUUUAGCUCUGUUACGUAGGGAUGGAGUGCUAUAUUUCUAAUGGAUAGACGAAACAGAUGGGCAACUAAAAGUUGCUCAUAAUAUUGUGGAAAACUAAAAGUUGCUCACAAUAUUGUGAGCUUUUUUGUCUAAUGAUUUAUAUUUGUAUUAUUUUUGUCUUUGGUAGUUCCUAGUCGUGUCAGAGCCUUUAUUAGAACUUUGUCGCUGGUAAGUUUGUAGGAAACAAUAAAUUUUGUGUGUUUAUGCACCUUUU